CAUGGGCACUACAUUAUAUCUCUGCUGUCCUUUCCCAAAAUCUCCUGUACUGACCAGACUUUGUCUCUCUCUUUGUCUGUCUUAGCUCUGAACUACGAGAAUGUGGUGGAGACUGGCUCAGAGACAGAGGAGGAGGACAAGUUGCCGGUGUCUGAGGAAGACCCCCUGAUCAACGGCACAGGCAGCCCAGCCAGCCUCACUAACCCAGAGGCCUCACCGCGGGCCGAGAGCCACAGCCUGCUGACCAAGGAGGAGGAGGACGACGAGAUGCGGGACAGCGGCGUGGAACACAUCUGGCCCGACAAUGACAUGCUGAGUGCCUCGGUCGACGGUACUGAUGAAAUAAAAGAUGAUUUUGACACCCUGGGGCCUGAUGCCACUUUGCAGGCAGUUGGAAACGGUACAGUCAAGAGCGUCGAUUGCACUUCAGAGUUCGAGGACUUCUUCGCCAAGCGGAAGCUGGACGAUGGCGACAGUCACGUGGUGAGCAUUGCAGAGUACCUGCAGCGGGGCGACACCGCCAUCAUCUACCCAGAAGCCCCAGAGGAGCUGUCCCGUCUGGGCACACCGGAGGCCACUGGUCCAGAGGAGAAUGACCUGCCACCUGGAACGCCAGAUGCCUUCGCCCAACUGUUGACCUGCCCCUACUGCGACCGGGGCUACAAGCGUUUGACAUCGCUGAAGGAGCACAUCAAGUACCGCCAUGAGAAGAACGAGGAGAACUUCGCCUGCCCCCUGUGCAACUACACGUUUGCUUACCGCACUCAGCUUGAGCGGCAUAUGGCCACACACAAGCCUGCAAGGGAUCAGCACCAACUGCUCAACCAAGCGGCCGGCAACCGCAAGUUUAAAUGCACCGAGUGUGGCAAGGCCUUCAAAUACAAGCACCAUCUGAAGGAACACCUCCGGAUUCAUAGUGGUGAGAAACCAUAUGAGUGUCCCAACUGCAAGAAGCGCUUCUCGCACUCAGGCUCCUACAGUUCCCACAUAAGCAGCAAAAAGUGCAUUGGCCUGAUUGCUGUCAAUGGCAGGAUGCGCGGCAACAUGAAGACUGGCUCCUCCCCCACCUCUGCUUCCUCCUCGCCCACCAACACUGCCAUCACCCAGCUGCGGCAGAAGCUGGAGAACGGCAAGCCACUUGGCCUCCCCGAACACAACAACCACCUGAACAUCAAGACAGAGCCGCUUGACUUCAACGACUACAAGCUGAUGAUGGCAUCUCAUGGAUUCGGUGCUCCUGGGCCGUUCAUGAAUGGAGGCAUGGGAGGGAACAGUCCACUGGGGGUCCACCACAGCUCGACAGCCCAGAGCCCCUUGCAGCACCUCGGAAUGGCCGGGCUUGAGUCACAGCUCUUGUGCUACCCAGGGCCACUGGGGAACAACCUGAGCGAGGUGCAGAAGGUUCUCCAGAUCGUGGACAACACUGUGUGCAGGCAGAAAAUGGACUGCAAGCCAGAGGAGCUCUCCAAGCUCAAGGCCUACAUGAAGGAGCUGGGGUCCCAGGUUGAAGAGCAGAAACAGGUGCUGACACAAGCGGGAGCUCAGGUUGGUCUUCCACUUGUCAAUCACAAUGGCGCCACCAAAAGUAUCAUCGAUUACACGUUAGAAAAAGUGAACGAAGCCAAAGCCUGCCUCCAGAGCUUGACAACAGACUCAAAGAGACAGAUUAGCAAUAUCAAACGAGAGAAAUCCAACCACCUGCUUGAAGGAGGUGUGGAUGAGAAGGUGCAGGAAAAUAACAUGUUUACACCUUAUGCUUGCCAAUAUUGCAAAGAAACCUUCCCCGGGCCAAUACCUUUGCAUCAGCAUGAACGCUACCUGUGUAAAAUGAACGAGGAGAUCAAGGCCGUGCUGCAGCCCAGUGAGAAUUUGAUGCCCAACAAACCAGGUAUAUUCAUGGAGAAGAACACCCACUUAUCCUCCUCCAUGUUAUCUGAGAAGGGACUCACUGGGCCCCUUAACCCUUACAGGGACCACAUGUCUGUGCUGAAGGCAUAUUUUGCCAUGAACAUGGAGCCCAACUCGGAGGAGCUGCUCAAGAUUUCCAUAGCGGUUGGCCUUCCUCAGGAAUUUGUCAAGGAGUGGUUCGAGCAGCGAAAGAUGUACCAGUACGGCACUACUAGAACCCCACCACUAGAGCACAGGAACAACUCUGAUAUGGUUCUCGGAACAAAUAACCACCACACUCCACCAAAAGACUCUAUGGCAGCUAGGUCACCUGUGUCUCUAAUCAAACCUACUGACCGCAUUACAUCCCCCUCCAUAGCAGAGCUGCAUAACAACGUUAACAACUGUGACAACUCACUCAGACAUUUGAAAAACCACCAGUUCAGCGGCAGCGCCAAACCCACAGGUGAAAAAUUGGACCACUCCCGCAGCAACACCCCUUCCCCGCUAAAUCUGUCCUCUACAUCUUCCAAAAACUCUCACAGCAGCUCCUACACUCCAAACAGCUUGACUUCAGAAGACCUGCAGGCUGAGCCGCUGGACCUCUCUCUGCCAAGACUAAUGAAGGAACCCAAGCAUGCACUGACUGUCAAAAGCAGACCUAAAGUCAACAGCAUUACCAUCGACCAUAACAACGUCCCCUCUCCUCGAGAGCACUUCGAAGAGCCUUUGAACUUGGCCUAUCUCAAGAAGGAAUUCUCCGGCUCUACCAACAAUGGAAGCCUUGAAAAAAGCACUAGCCCCAUCUUUGGCAUUAACCCGUUUGCUGCCAAACCCCUGUACACAUCACUUCCACCUCAGAGCGCUUUUCCACCUGCCACAUUCAUGCCCCCGAUGCAGGCCAGCAUACCAGGUCUUAGGCCCUAUCCGGGCAUGGAUCAAAUGGGCUUUCUACCACACAUGGCCUACACUUACGCAGCAGGGGCAGCUACCUUUGCCGAGAUGCAGCAGAGGAGAAAGUACCAGCGGAAACCAGGUUUCCAGGGGGACCUGCUCGACGGUACACCAGAUUACAUGUCAGGGCUGGACGACAUGACAGACCCCGACUCCUGUCUGUCGCGGAAGAAGAUUAAGAAGACCGAAAGUGGCAAGAGGCCGCACCAGUGCCAGAUCUGCAAGAAAGCCUUCAAACACAAACACCAUCUCAUCGAGCACUCCAGACUGCACUCGGGGGAGAAGCCUUACCAGUGCGAUAAGUGCGGGAAGAGGUUCUCCCACUCGGGCUCCUACUCGCAGCACAUGAACCACCGCUACUCCUACUGCAAGCGGGAGGCCGAGGAGCGGGAGGCCGCUGAGAGGGAGGCCCGUGAGAAGGGCCACCUGGAGCCCACGGAGCUGUUGAUGAGCCGGGCGUACUUGCAGGGCAUGACUCCUCAGGGUUACCCAGAGCUGGCGGAGCGCGAGGCCAUCCUGAGGCACGACGCCGUGAACGGAGGGAUCAGAGAAGGACGGAAGGAAGUGGACGGAACGUAUGCGAAGAUCGGACGGAGGGACGACGAGUUUGAGGAGGAGGAGGAGGAGAGCAAGAGCAUGGACACGGACCCGGACACGUUGAGGGACGAGGAGGAGAACGGAGAGCACUCGAUGGACGAUAGCUCGCUGGACGGCAAAACGGAAACCAAAUCGGAUCACGAGGACACGAUGGAGGAUGGCAUGUAAUCGGCGACGGCGUUUCAAAAGCUUCCCAUCUUAAGAGUUUUAAGUUUCUCUCUUUCGGUUCAGUAUUCUUACCUGCUCGGUUUAAAACACCGUGUUUUAAGCUGUACGUGCACGUGCCUGAAGCUUCCGGGAAUCUUUCUUCGACAGACUCCUCGGGGGGAAAGAUGUCUGCCGAACAAGACAUGGACUCAAAAAUCAAUCUGGAGGAGGCGUUGAGGGAAGGGAGGCAUGGGUUUGUGAAAUAAGCUGCAUUAUGCAAACCGAACAAUGAAUAAAUGAAUACAUUUCAAAAAAUGUACAGUACUAAGGCCUAAAAAUAUGUGUGGUGCUAACCUCCUCAAAUAAACCCCCUGUGUUCCAUAGUAUUUAUAGCACAACUAGUGACUUGUACAAAUUGCACUCCGCUUCUAUAAUCAUGAACAAAAAUAAUAAAAAGUAUUGCCUAUGUAUAUAUUUAUACAGUGUUGGAAAAAGAGCAGUAGUGUCUGCACUACAGUCCUUCGAUAUUACCUUUGUUAUCACCUACCUACCUAUGGUGUCGUCUUUAGUUUUGCCAUGUUGCCCGGCCACAAACAUCUCCAGCCACACUAUUUUAGGCCUCUUGAAUCAACUUCACAUGAAGGAAUUUAAACAAAAGACUGUAAAGGUUUUUUAAGAGGAUGAAGUUUUAAAGAGACCUUCAUUUUAAGGGAAAAUACAGUUUAUGGACAGAUGGUAUGGGGGAAAAAAAUGAAGGACGAAGCCUUUGUAAGGUGUUUUUGAUAAGAAAAAAGAAGCCUUAUAUGCAAACCUUUUAACCUGUGUGUUUUCUGCAAGUGCCACCCUCGUAUUGUGUAAAAGGAAGGUUAAUUUUUUUCACCAGCUUCAGUAUUAUUAAAUGGUUCACCGUUGUUCUUUGAAGCAUCCGUGUCAGUAUUAAGACUUAUAGGCAACAGUUCCUUAGUUUACAUUAUGUUGUGCAAUGUUUUCUCAGUUUCUUUUCUUUGAACUUUGUCAGUAUUACACCAAACCAUUUUUUUUUUGGAAACAACAAAUUGCAUUCAUUUUAUUUGUAGGUUGAAAAAAAAAAA